CAGAGAUGGGUGUGGCGGGACGGCCGCCUCCUCCCUGCACCUGACACGCUGUGUGCCUGAGUCUAUGUAUAUGAGCCGGGUGAGGAGGCUGCUGCAGGCUGGAGCUAGUGGGGGACAUCAUUACUAGCCUGAUUCACCCAUCCUCUGCGACCCCGACAUUCGCGUCAACCACAAGCAUCCAGGACAAGCACGGCGCGUCAGGUUGCCAUGGUGACGCGAUGGUCCGUGACGCACAGGAACAUCACGUGAACACGGCGCACAUACGUCAUCACACCCGGGACGGAAGCACCACGCUCCUCCGGCCGUUGCUGUUCUUCCCACUCGUGGGUCUCCUUCACUAUAAAGCAAAACUGAUCAACUGUAGUUUAACUACCGGAGUGAGAGUAUUUCACCUGCAUUAUGGCCUCUUUUACAGACUCUGCGGCAGAUGUGAAGGCCACAACAAGCUCCUCUUCUGACAUGGAAGGGUUUGAUAAAGCUGUCAUUGCAGGUGUAAUAGCUGCUGUUUUCAUAACCCUGCUGAUUGUAUUGGUGCUGGUUGCCAUCUACUUAUACAAACACAAAGGCAGCUACCGUACCCAUGAGACGGAAGAUGAGGGGGAGGCGAAGCAGGCAUUACAAAUGCAGAGUGAGGCCAGUGAAGAAAAGCAGGAGUACUUCAUGUGAUCUGCACCAGAUGCGGACUGUUACAAAGUAGUGCACCACAUGCCUUAUGUUCUAUUUAUUUGAUAUGUGUUUGAGACCUGUUAGAGAAUCAAGGAGAAAUGUGAUGUGGAUCCCUCUGACAUUGAAAACUGGGGGUGGUCUUCAGGUUGCCAGCGGCCGGGCUCCCGACAACCAGCAUACCGGCGCCGGAAUCCCGGCCGCCGGCAUACCGACAGUUUUUCUCCCUCUUGGGGAUCCACGACCCCCCUGGAGGGAGAAUAGAUAGCGUGGUGCGCGUAGCACGCCACUGUGCCUGCAAGGGGCUCAUUUGCGCUCGCCCAGCUGUCGGUAUGCCGGCGGUCAGGAUUCUGGCGCCGGUAUGCUGGCUGCCGGGAGCCUGACCACCGGCAUAAAAUACCACACCCCUCAACUAGAUGUCUGUAUACUGCAGAAACUACAGCAACAAACUUUUUCUUCCGUGUAAAAAUGGAGCCUAUAAAUGAAUUUUGUAUAUUUAUAAAAGUAACAUUUUACAAUGUACUAAGCGAGUGUCUACUGUACUUUGUAAUUUGACACUUCUCUUUUUCACCCUGAUAAAUGUCGCAGUUUAUAUCGUCCAUGUUGGCUUCAUGUAUAUCACGUUAAACUUUUGAUCUAGCACUGCCUCAAGCUAAAUCAGUUAGUGUAAAAAAAAAUUUCAGUUUGUGAUGACUUUUAUAUCUAAUAAACUUGUUUUUUAAAUUG